AUGCUGCAUCUAGAUGAUUAUCAUGGGCCAAAUGCAGAGGAGACCACUCCUCUCAUUCAAAACCUGACACACUCUCAACAUGAUCCUAUUAGGUUACCGAAGUCUGUAUCUACGUCAAAGAUGAUGAAUUUACCGAAUUCUGUGCAAUUCAAAGAGCGACAGUUCAAAGAACGACUGCCAGCUUCGGCUGAUAAGGCAACGGAUAACGAAUAUUGGAAAAGGGAUAACGGAUCUUAUUGGCAAGACAGACGAUAUUCUAUAUCGUCUGCGGACUUGCUGCGGUUGAAUUCCUCUCAUAAACCUUUGUACCAGAGGCUAUUAAGCUCUCAAUUCAGUGUGACAAACCCCAACUCAGUGACGGAUCAGGGUGGAAACAACUCAAAUUUUAAUUUUGCCCCCGGUAUUCUAGAUAAUGGGAGCGUAUGCUCGCUAGAUUUGGAAGAACAGUCGAGAAGACUUGCUAUUAUGAAUUCUAUGAGACCACAUAGGCUUAUCGGAAAGUACAUUACGGUAGCUGAUUGGGAUAAGGGAUAUGUGGAUAUCUCCUGUGUUAAGAAACUGAAACUAAAAAAGUAUUAUGAGGAUCAAAACUAUCUUAUUGAAAGAUUCAAGGAAAUAGAUGCAUUUUUGGAUGCGGGAAAGAUUCAUUUAAACAUGCUUUCGAAUUAUGGUACUCCUAAUUAUUCUCUUGAUCAUGAUAUUGAUGAGGCAGAAAUAGAAUCUUCGGAUUGUGAAAGCUAUCAAAGGAAUUUGACGGUUAAUUCUAAGCAUUCCAGGUUCAAUGAGAUCCCUGGAAAUAUCGGAUAUGAAGGAGCUCAAUUUCUAGGUUACAAUGAAGAGAAGAACAACUCGGAAGUCUUGGUUGCCAUUUUGGUAAACUUUUUCAUUAAUAUACUUCUUCUCGUUGGUAAGAUUAUUGUCACUAUCAUGACAAGAUCCAUGUCGAUGAUUGCAUCGUUGGUAGAUUCUAUCCUUGAUUUCUUUUCCACAUUCAUUAUAUUCAUCGCUAAUAAACUAUCUACGACCAAGAAUUGGAGGGUGGAGCAUUCCUAUCCAAUCGGAAGAUCUAGGCUAGAGCCCUUAGGAGUUUUAAUAUUUUCAGUGAUCAUUAUCUUAUCUUUUUUUCAAGUUGGCCAGGAAUCUUUUAAGCGACUUCUUUCUCCGCCUGAAUCAAGAGAGAUUGCAAGGAUAGGAACCCAAGCAAUUUUCAUAAUGUGUUUUACUAUUAUUGCCAAAGUUGCUUGCUGGUUGUGGUGUUCUAAAAGUAAAUCGAGUUCUGUCCAAGCUCUCGCACAGGAUGCGAUGACAGAUAUUGUUUUUAAUACUGUGUCAUUAUUAAUGCCAACUGUGGGAUAUAUGUUUGAUAUAUGGUGGUUAGAUCCACUCGGGGCUCUACUUCUAUCUAUCUACAUUAUAUCUAGUUGGUGUAAAACUGCCUUCGAACAUAUCGAUAAUUUGACGGGAGCAGUGGCAAGUCCCCUAGACUAUAAGGUUAUUUUGUAUUUAGCUUACAGAUUUGCUGAAUCUAUUAAGUUAAUUACUUCAUUGAAAGUAUAUCAUGUGGGAGAUAAUCUUAAUGUCGAAAUUGAUGUCGUUUUUGAUUCAGAGGAAUUUAACCUUUCGUUGAAGGACUGUCAUGACAUCGCUGAGGCAUUGCAAUAUGCUAUUGAAUCAUUACCAAUGGUGGAAAGAGCUUUCGUUCAUAUUGACUACAUGGAAGGCAAUUACAAAGGGCAUUUAAAAUAA